AUGUUUCUUAGUAAAUAUUUACUAUGUAUAAUCUUAUUGAUUCCAAUUGGGUUUGCGCGGGAUCUUGAAACAUUGGUGGUGGUGAGGAUUUUUAGUAGGCUUUUGAAUAAUACAGUAGCGGGAGUUAUUUCGAAUGUUUUCAGGGAUAAUAGAGAGAGAAGUGUAUCGAUUAGUUUAUAUAUGAUUAAUGAUCUCGUUUUAAUUAGUAUAAGUUUUGUUAUUGGUGCUAUAAUUAUUCAAUAUCUGGAUUAG